GGGGGAAAAGGGGGAAUGAAAGGAAAAUUCUACCAAGAAGGGCUCAAGACUUCCGAAAAUAAAAAAGAGCCUGUAUUCCUACAAAGAAAUUAAGAGAAUUUCCCAGAUACCUGGAGACACGACAUUAGAGCUUUGCUUUUUCUGAAAGCUACCAUGCAUCUUGCAAUACUGUUCCUGUUCCUGUUGGAAGCAAUUAAUGCUCAGUUUCCCCGACAAUGUGCUACAGUGGAUGUGCUGAUCCAAGGCGAAUGCUGCCCAGACCUGUCUCCUGUGUUGGUUCCUGGUUCAGAUCGCUGUGGAUCAUCUUCUGAAAGAGGGCAGUGCAUACAAGUGAAAGCAGAUUCCCGACCCCAUGGACCUCAAUAUAUUCAUGAUGGUCAAGAUGACCGUGAGCAGUGGCCUCUCCGUUUCUUCAAUCGAACUUGCCAGUGCAACAAAAAUUUUUAUGGAUACAACUGUGGCUCAUGUCGACCUGGCUGGACUGGCCCCACCUGUGAUCAGCAGAUUAAAAUAGUUAGAAGAAAUCUUCUGGAUCUUAGCAGUGAAGAAAGGAGUCAGUUUCUAAGAGCCUUACAGCAAGCCAAAACUACAGUGCACCCUCACUUUAUGAUCGCAACCAGGAGACGUGAAGAGAUCAUGGGUCCUGAUGGUAAUACUCCACAAUUUGAAAAUGUGUCCAUUUAUAACUACUUUGUGUGGUCUCAUUAUUACUCAGUCAGAAAUACUUAUCUUGGACCUGGACAGCAGAGCUUUGAUGGAAUAGAUUUCUCCCAUGAAGGACCAGCAUUUCUUACCUGGCACAGAUAUCACCUACUACAGCUGGAGAGAGAUAUUCAGGAUAUGCUACAGGAUCCUUCUUUUGCCCUUCCUUAUUGGAACUUUGCAACAGGUAGAAACACCUGUGACAUCUGCACAGAUGAUCUCAUGGGAUCCAGAAGCAACUUUGAUGGCUCUCGUAUUAGCCCCAACUCAAUCUUCUCUCAGUGGCGCAUCUUGUGCGAGGCUGUAGAAGACUACAAUGCAUUGGGAACCAUUUGCAACAGCACAGAAGGUGGUCCAAUCAGACGCAAUCCAGCUGGAAAUGUAGCCCGUCCAAUGGUGCAGCGCCUCCCUGAGCCUCAGGAUGUUGCUCUUUGCUUAGAAGUUGGGUUAUUUGAUACGCCUCCAUUCUUUUCCAAUUCAGCAGACAGUUUCCGUAACACAGUAGAAGGCUACAGCAAUCCUUCAGGAAAGUAUGAUCCAGCAGUGCGAAGUCUUCACAAUCUGGCCCAUCUGUUUUUGAAUGGCACUGGAGGGCAAACUCAUUUAUCCCCAAAUGAUCCCAUUUUUAUCCUCCUCCACACGUUCACAGACGCUGUUUUUGAUGAAUGGCUGAGAAGGCAUAACCCUGAUAUCUCAACAUACCCAUUAGAGAAUGCUCCCAUUGGACAUAACAGACAGUACAAUAUGGUACCAUUUUGGCCUCCUGUAACCAACAAUGAGAUGUUUGUUACAGCACCAGAAAACCUGGGCUACAGUUACGAAGUUCAGUGGCCAUCACAAGCUCUCCAUGUGACUGAAAUCAUAACUAUUUCAAUAGUUGCUGCUUUGAUUCUAGUUGCAAUUAUAUUUGCUGGUGCCUCUUGUGUUGUGUAUGCCAAGAGACAAGAUGAGCUUCAUCAGCCACUUCUCACUGAUCAUCAUCUGACCUAUUCAGAUGAUUAUGACAGCAUACCAACCCCAAACCAGUCAGAUGUGUGAAAUAGCAACAACUUACCUGCAUUUGAUGGCUUCUAUAGUUUCUGAUCCAACUUUUUAGUAAAGCAUAUUUCAGAGUGAGAAAAACCUUCCUGUAUCUGUAAUAUCACCAAGGAUUUGUCUCAAUUCCAUGUUCUUUGUUAGACUGGUUCAACAUUUCUACUGUUUUCACCCAUUUCACUCCUUUUCUACCCACAGUAUAAAAUAAAUUAUUUGCAUGUUCACAUUAUAAAAGACUAACAAUGAAUAUUUUACAGAAUUUAAGGUAAUUACUAAGCAUGUAUUAUCUGGUUUUAUAUGGAAGUUGGUGCAGAAAUUAAGUUUAUGCUAAUCUUGUGCUUAGUUAGAUGUCACAGAACACUAUUAGUAGCAAGGAAACAGCUAUCCUGUUUUCUAGAAUUCAAGUCACCAGUUAGGUUGUCUCUGUACACCUCAACAGCAAACUAAUUCUAGUAUCUCAGCACCCCAUAGCUAUGUGUUUCUGGAACUAAGUUUAUAUGGAGGCUUGCCCAAAUAAGACUCUGGGCAUUGUUUGGAAAAAUUCCCUCAGAGACAUUAAUAACUCCUGAAUCCCAAAGAAUCCAGGUUGGGCAUUUGUCCAAUCCACUGAUGGCUGAGCUCAUACCAAAGAGGAUCCUGUCAACCUCCUCAAGCAGAACAAGAUCCCUUUGCAGGAGGUUACUUCACUCAUCAUGCAAGAUAGUGCCCAACUGGCAUUCAACCCCAACCAAAUAUGAGUGACUAAAUCUGCAAAGAAGCUGGCAGACAUGUCUCAGCAGUCUGCCAGAGUAUUUCCUGCCUUUCUUUCCAU